AUGGCGCGUCCGUGGGGAGCAAAGGCAUUCGACGGUCUCACCAGAAAUCGCGUGGCGGCUGUAGCUUUUGCAAGCGACGCAGAAUCAAGGUCGCUGUGGUGCAGCCUGAACACCAAUCCGUCGCCCGCGUCAACGCCUGAGAACGCAGCUCAAGCCACUGUCUUUGAGCCUCUGCCUGACAAUCAGGCUAUGGAGGAGUGCAAUGAAUCUGCUUUCACUCUGGACGUUCAGGACCUUCAACUGUUUCACCAUUUCUGCUCCAUCACGUCCAUGACUUUCGGCCCAACUCCACAUGUGCAGCAAUUUUGGAGUAUCACAGUGGCCCAGAUGUCUUUCUCUCACCCCUUUCUCCUGCGAGCGAUCCUUGCGAUUGGUGGUUUGCACAUGAACCAUCUCAGACAAAACAGCAGCGAGGCCUCGGGCUGGUACAAGACGAAGGCCACAGCCCAUUGGCAAGCCGCGGUCCGACUUGCAACCCCAAGACUUGCUGCGAUAGACGCAGAAUCCUGCGAUCCGCUGUUCAUAUUCGCCAUGCUCUCAUGCCUCCAGACGUUCGCCCUGGGUCCUCAGCGGGGAAACUUCCUGCUCUUCACAGACGACUCUGAGAUGGAAUGGCCCAUCUUCUUCCGCGGGUUGAGAACGGUCGCUGAGGCAUCUGUCCUCUUUGGCAUGACGGAGCCCACCAGACCGUUGGCUUUCAUGUACGGAAUCGCCAAGCUGGAUCUCGAAACGCUGCCUCCGGAUGAGCCUGUGACAUCCUGGGGAACGGCAUUGAGAAAUCUCCGUCAGAUCAUGAUGAAUGAGGUGUCUGGCGAAGAAGAGAGGGCAGUGUACCAGGACGCUCUGCACCGCCUUUAUGCCGGGUUUUCAGCCGUGUUUGGAGACGCCGAUACGGUCGGAGGCGCAAACUCGCAGGUGGUUUUCGCCUGGCUUUACCACGUCUCGGAGAACUUCGUCGAGCGACUCCAGGCGAGAGAGAAUCUGGCGCUGGUAUUCUUCGCAUAUUUCGCAGUGCUGAUCAAGCAGAUUGAUGGCGUCUGGAUGAUCAAAGGCUGGCCAGAUCACUUGAUAGCCGGGAUCUACUACACUCUGGUGCCGGCGACACGACUCUGGAUUCGCUGGCCGAUGGAAAGGAUAGGAUGGUUUCCACCACCGUAG